AGAGUGCGAAAACGGAACGUCCCUCAGCGACCUACCGGGUUCUUGCUGGGGUCGCCUACUGCUGACGUGUGCCGACCGGCUUCUGGCCGCGGUGUGGGUCGCUAUGGCGGUGGACAUCACACUCCUCUUCCGGGCAAGUGUCAAGACUGUGAAGACACGGAACAAGGCUUUGGGAGUGGCGGUGGGUGGCGGGGCCGAUGGCAGCCGGGAUGAGCUGUUCCGCCGAAGCCCUCGGCCCAAAGGAGACUUCUCCAGCCGGGCCCGUGAAGUGAUUUCUCACAUUGGGAAGCUGAGAGAUUUUCUCCUGGAACACAGGAAGGAGUAUAUUAAUGCUUACAGCCAUAUCAUGUCUGAAUAUGGGAGGAUGACGGACACAGAGCGAGACCAGAUAGACCAGGAUGCUCAGAUAUUCAUGAGGACCUGUUCAGAGGCAAUUCAGCAACUCCGAACAGAAGCCCACAAGGAGAUACAUUCCCAGCAAGUGAAGGAACACAGGACCGCAGUUAUGGAUUUCGUUGAAGAUUACUUAAAAAGAGUGUGUAAGCUUUACUCUGAACAAAGAGCCAUCCGAGUUAAGCGUGUGGUGGAUAAGAAGAGACUAUCUAAGCUGGAACCUGAGCCAAAUACAAAGAGGAAAGAACCCCCAUCUGAGAAAGCCUCACAGAAUGCUUCCCAGGACUCGGAAGAAAAGCCUGCCACCGAGGAGUUGCCAGAAAAGCCUUUGGCCGAAGCACAGCCUGAACUGGGAACCUGGGGCGAUGGCAGGGGUGAAGAUGAGCUGUCUCCAGAAGAGAUACAGAUGUUUGAACAAGAAAAUCAGCGACUCAUUGGUGAAAUGAACAGCUUAUUUGACGAAGUGAGGCAAAUCGAAGGGAAAGUCGUUGAAAUUUCCAGACUCCAAGAGAUAUUCACCGAAAAGGUUUUGCAACAGGAGACUGAAAUUGACAGCAUUCACCAGUUAGUUGUGGGGGCAACUGAAAACAUCAAGGAAGGCAACGAAGACAUACGAGAGGCCAUCAAAAACAACGCCGGCUUCCGAGUGUGGAUCCUCUUCUUCCUCGUGAUGUGUUCCUUCUCCUUGCUCUUCCUUGACUGGUACGACAGCUAGCCCACGAGGGCUGCACCUGUGUCUGCCCUGCUGUCCCAGACACACACACCACGUGCCAGCAGGUGUCUCUUCUGUUGUGUAGCUGUGUAAGGUCCAAGGGCUGGGGAGACAUGGCCCCCAAGCCAACCUUCGAAACCUGCCAGGACCUGGAAUUGCAUGGACUGAAAGUGCCCGAGGCGGUCUUCGGGGGCAGAGGAUAAAGGGGCGAGGCAGUCAGGAGUGGCACCUCCUGGAGGGCCACAAGUAUGACAGGGCUGAGCAGGACAGGGAGGGAUAUGGCACACCUGCUGUCCCCGUUACAAUGCUUGGGGCCUCGUCUCCUGCCCUUCCCACACCAGUAGCUUCAGGGGAGAACAUGCCUAAUGUUUCUAAAGUCAUUGGUUCUUACUUCCUCGUGGCGUCUCAUGUGUGCUGAUACGUGGCCAUUUUGUCAGAGAAAACAAUUCACAUCUGCCUUGUCAAGCUAAUAAAUGCAAUUACAGCCA